UCAACUACGUGCUGUGGCGAUUCGUCGAAUAUGAGAUAGCGGAGGGACACUGGCUUCUACACCAUUCAGACCUGUCCGAACACAUUCUCUGCGAAGGCGCCUUUUUUCUACGCCUCCUUUCGCCUGAACCGUCUUAUCUUAUACAUUGUUACAUUACCGAGAUACCCGUUAGCCGACUAUCAUGGAGACGACCCUUACUCAUCGGCCCUGGGAGCCUGCUACCACGGGUCCGCACACCCCCCCGGUAUCGUCGACUCAGACUCUGCCGUCCAUUUCAACUUUGACGGCAAGUAUGGCCGGCGGUAUCCCCACUCAGGCCGAGAAAUCACCGGGGAAUGCCUCCCUAAAUACGAUAGAGCGCGAUUCAGGGAAUUGGUCGAUGCCUCAAAGUACCAGGUCGUCUACCUAUUCUACCGCAACCAAUGGAACCGGCAAUUAUCCCUCCCUCUCCUUCCUCACAUCCUCCCAGCCUUCCCCCAAUCGCGCAUCCUAUGUCUCGGAUCGAUCUCCUUAUCCCAACGACCACUCCAACACCAAUACCCCUUCCUCCGCGGGGGCGCAGCCCUCGCCAAACUUUGGUUCUACUCAACCAAAUACCACCUUACCUUCCAUUAACCAGAAUUAUGAUGUUCCUUCUCAACGAGGUAGUAUCGUGGAACCUCCUGAGUCACGACGGAGCAGUGUGGAUAGUAGAGUGAACCAAGGGAUUAGCUCACUAGCCAUCAACCCGGCCUCCCCCUACCACAGUACGAAUGUCUCCCAAACAUCUAUCGUUUCGGGCCUUCAGAGAGAGCGAGGUAUAUCCAUGGAUGUGAACAUGAACAACUCCUACCGUGGUCCUCGCUAUUCUGGGGGGCAGCCGCUUUCUCCACUUGGCCCACGGGCUGGCGAACAUCGCGGGUUUGCAGCUGGCCGCACUGCCCCUGCGAUCUCAUCAAAUCCUCGCUCGGAAAUUUACAAUGCCGAGGCACCUACCGCUGGUCUCGCAUACGCUUUCCCAGACCCAGACGUUGCGCGAUCCAAUUCCGUCUCUUCCACCACGGAAAAGUCUACCAACCAGUUCUCGCGGAAAGGAAGUACUGCCGAAUCAUUGGCCAGCAGCGUAUAUUCCGAUGCACGGUUGCCCCGUGGACAGCAUGAACUACCACAAAAUGUACACCACCAUUCCUUGCAACACAAGCAAGUCCGUGGCCUAAUCGGAGAGUCCGAGGCACACAGUGGCAGCACACCCUAUAGCAGAACCCCGGAGCUGAGGGUCACACAUAAGUUGGCGGAGCGAAAGCGCCGCAGUGAGAUGAAGGAUUGUUUCGAGGCCUUGCGUGUACGCCUCCCACAGAGUCAAAACAACAAGUCUAGUAAAUGGGAGACACUUACAAGAGCUAUCGAAUAUAUCGCUCAUCUGGAGAAGAUGCUCGGCAGUACUCGCCGAGAAAAUGAGGUCUUGAGGAGCGAGCUUGAAGAGAUGCGCGCUCAACUCAGUCAGCAGCAAGCCAACGGCCAAUCCCGACAGCCGUCCAUCUUCGAGCACCAUUCUAUGACGGCUCCUCAGCCGAACGGGCAGGUACACGGCCCGAUCUUUUCCGGUUAUGCCCCUGGGUCGGGAAUGGCGCAAGAACAACCUCGUACGCUGCCCCCUCUCAUGAAUGGGACGGUUGCUCCGAUGCAAGGGGUGCAGUAUAGCGAUGAACGACGAUAGCCGAUGGUUGGCUACCGCACAUUUGCCAUGGAAUGGCCCCGCGAUGAAUGCAUUGGUGACGGUUACUUUUGCUUGACACAGGCCAUACUCCCCUGUGCUCUAGACCUGGUAUUUGACUUGGCCAUCUGGCUUUGUAGAUUUGUUUUGGGUGGUUAUUGUCAUUUGAGCGACAAUCUGCUUCACUGAUCCACCAACCCGCCAUUUCCACCCCCUCUCUUUUCUUUCCGUCCCCCCUCC